UCAGACAUAACUACAUGAAAGAGGUAACUUGUGUUAUUGACGUGAUACAUUGUUUAUUGAAGCAGAGCGACAGUUUGCUACUACUGGAACUAGAGUGUCUAAAACAAAGGCUAUAUAACUGAACACUUUGUUUUAUUCUUUUGUCAAAAAUGCGUCCUAGAGUGCAAGUCAAAUAUGUUACAGAGCACAUGAACUAUUUAGAAGAAAAGAUACACGUCAUUAAACCUGUGGUUGAAGCUUUGCAAGCUCAGGCUGUAGACAAAAGUAAGACUUGGUUAGAAGAUAAAAGUGACAACGAAUCUUUGACAUACUGUGAUCUAUGUCAAGAACUUGAAUCAGCUACCUUGGCCUUGUUGAAUGUAGCGGCUCAUAUCUUAGAGGAAAAUAAAGACAUUGUUGAAGAUGGAAGGUCAUUUUCAUCUCAGUCUAACUCACAAACAACAACAACAGAAGAACAUGGCCGUAGACAGUCAACAGAUCAAGUCCUUAACGAGCCUUAUAAACCAUUAGCCACAGAAAUAUUAAGUCGACUUGAGCAGAUAGAGACAGCCAUAUCUUCUCUACAAGACGUCAGUCGACUAGAGCAGAUAGAGACAGCCAUAUCUUCUCUCCAAGACGUCAGUCGACUUGAGCAGAUAGAGAAAGCCAUAUCUUCUCUACAAGACGUCAGUCGACUUGAGCAGAUAGAGACAGCGAUAUCUUCUCUACAAGACGUCAGUCGACUUGAGCAGAUAGAGACAGCCAUAUCUUCUCUACAAGACGCUAAUGACAAGUCUACAGAUGACAUAUCAGAAAUAAAACAAUGGAGAGACAACUUUGUAACAGAACAGAGUGACAUGGGGAUUGACAAUAUUGAAAAUACUAUUUCAAAGUUGUCCAAAGAAGUUCAUCUGAUCGAGUCACGUGUAGGUCACAGAUAUGCUUGUCAUGUGGCGCUUGAUCUCGCACCCGUCAGUGUUGGAUUAAUUAUUUCAAGAUUCUGGGAUGUACGUGAAUAUAACGGUCAACAUUUUAAUCAAACAACAGGAACAUUUGUAUCACCCCAUGAUGGUUUAUAUCUUGUCUGUGUCAGUCUAAAUGAAAGGGAAGAUAAACAGAUUGGAGUUGGUGUGAUGGCUGGAGGCAGGUGCUGUACGGCUAUAGAAGUGAAAUGUGCCGCCACUAGCGCUGCUGGGUCAGUGGUUGUUGACAUGAAGAAAGGUCAAGAACUUUACUUUAAAGUGAUUCAAUCAGAUCAAGGCGCAAAGUUAUCCUGCUACAGUAGUUUUACUAUCGUUAGUUUAUAGAAGUACAACACAAAACAUGGUUGAUGGUAAAUUCUCAAAACAAUAAAACAUGUAACCAAAUUGUUAAGCACACGCUAACAACUUACUACAUGUACAUAAACAUUUAAUGGUUUGUAUGUUGUUUUUUUAGUCAUCAUUAUACAGUUCUAACUUUUUCAAUGUGAUCACCAAUUAAUAUAUUGUACGUGACCACAAUAAACAUAUCUUUCUUCUUCUUCUUCGUUCUUAAUUUUUAGUGUUGGGAGGGAUCGAGCCUUAUCUGCCAGAGAGUUUGAACUCGAGACUUUGUUCGAAUUUAUCAACCAUGAGCUUUUCCGACUCGACCAUGUUUCCAUCACAAUUAAGGAUUACGUGUAAAUGGGUUAUGCGCCAUUGAGGUCAUUGACUCCGAUUUCAGCCUGCUUUU